GAGAUGAAAAAUACCUUUCUGAGUUCUGUCAUAAAUAUCGUACUUAAGGUGAAGUGUUUAGCAAUAUGUGCUAAAAUACAUAUUGUUAUCUAUGAUGCAAACAAGAAAAACUAUUUUUAUUUCGGGUUAGAUAAUUAUGAUAAAAUUGUGUGUCCUUAUAGAAAGAAUGGAUUAAUUAAAAAGUAGAAAAAAUUAAACAAGAUCCACCAAUAAUGUCAGAAUCUAUUAGGGUAGAAACUAUCAACCGUAUAAUAGAUAAGAGAUUUUUGGAUUCAGAAAAAUCUUAUGGCAAUUAAAGGAUGCAUGAGGGGAUAAUUUAAUAACUAAUGGAGGGGAUAUAGGUAAUUUAAUGGGCCGUUGAGCAAUUAUGGAAGCAAUUUUCAACCAUAACCUCAUUACUAUAGAGGAAAAAAAUUUAGAGAGUAUCCAAAAGGCUUCGACCUUUUGGUUAAAGAAGAAGGAAUAAUAAAGCUUAAGGAUGAGUGCUGACGGGUGAGUCAGCUAGAUUUAUAGACAAGUCUAGGUAAGUUAGAAGUUGUCUUAAGGGAAACCAAGUAAUAAAAAUGAUUUGAUUGUUUCCCUCAAUCACCAUAACACAAUUAAACACACUCCUAGAAUAACAAGUUGGAAUUUUGGUUCAAUAAAGUAAGGUACCAGUCAAGUUGCAAAGAAAACUAAUCGCAUAUUAUUUGUCUAUAGGAGACACGAUAAAAAUCUAUUCAAAACUCUCCUUCAUACACCUUUGUUGAUAAAGAAGGGAAGUCUGAACACUAAGGAGGAGUUGCUAUAGGAAUACACUCAUGUCUUGAGUUCUCUGACAUCUCGGACAAGGUUAUACCUGGAGAUUUUAAUUAUGGUAUAGUACAGUUCGAUUAAUUUGACUAGCAUUAUGGAAUAAUCAGACCUAACAUUCACUAGAACAAUCCAAGAAAAGUAGUGUAAUCUCUUUAGAUUCCAUUUUUUACUCAGGACAAGCAUACAGUGAGAAAAAUCUCCUGUUUACUAAACUCUUAGCUCAUUCAAGAAUUAGCUGUCAACUAACUCUAUAAGGAAUUUAAAAUUAGAACGAACAUAGGAUUAGCUGAAGUAAGACGAAUGCUUAUAACCUCAAUUAAGAAGUAACAUUAAAAUGUAAUGAUUUGUAAGCAUGAUGCAACUAUGU